UACACACUGAACGGUCUGGUGACGGCGGGUCAGAGGUGUUCAGGGUUAGAUAUAGAGACCCCUGGCUGAGGUUUCUGGGGUGAAUUAUAACUAAGGACAACUGAAGUAUGUUGGGGAAGAUUACAACAGAUCCACCUUACCUUACCAUCGAUAAUUUCGAGGACUGUCUGUCUUCUGAUGAUGUUCUGGUGCACUUCUUUAACGACUUCCUCAGUCUGCCUUCGUUCCCUGAGUGUGUACAGUACAACCAGGAGACUGGUGUGUUUGAGGUGGUCAGUGAUGCAGCGGUGGCUCUGUCUAGGAGGAUCAGGUCAGCCCUGCAGUACUUUAAAUCACAACCUCUCACUGACCCAACAGAGCUGACUGCUAGACCAGUGGUGGACAACCACUACACUGUUCUGUGCUUGGACAGAGAACAGGGAGUGGAGUGGAUCCUAAAAGAAAGACUACCCUUGUUUAUUGAAAGUGACUGCUACUUCGAGUACAGGUUAGCGAAGCUGCUCUCUCAGUGGGGCCCACAGGAGGAUCCUCCAGUAGCCCCCCCCCCUGUCACCACAGAGCCUGCUGGGACCAGACGAGGGAUGUGGUCUCAGAUAACAGACAUGUUGACAAUGGCUAAGGACAAGGACAAGCAGCUGCCUGUCUGUACCCAGUCUGUGAGAACCCCGGUGUGCUCCCUGGGCCAACUGGGACAAGAGACGGGAGACCACAGCGCAGAGCAGGAGAUGAAAGUCUACCUCACAGAGACAGAGGCAAAGACAGAGAUAGAGGCAGGAACUACAGAUGAGGAUAAUGGGGACCCCAAGCCCCAGAGUCCCGUCUGUUCUACCACUGAUGAUGAGACGGUUGGUCCCCACACUGAGAGCCCCUUUGAGGGAGGUCCAGCCACCAGCCACAGCAGACUGAAGGAGCAGCAGGAGGAGGGUGACCUUGAGUUCCAUGACCUUGAGUUCUAUGAUGUCACUGCUAGUAUCCAUGGUGAUAGACAGGGCCUUGGUGACUUUAAGGACUUCUUAAAGGGAACACUAGGAGAUAAGCUUUUGCGUCUGUGGAUGGAUAUAGAGAGACUGAAGACCCUACAGGACGACAGGAGGAGAAUCAGGCAUUUGGUCCAGAUGCGAAGCUGCUACCUGCUGACCGGUGGCCAGAGCAGUCUGAAUGGUGAGCUGUUGACCAGACUGGGUCUCUCUACCUCCCCCUGCUGGAGAGAGGACAGACUGCAGAGAGUUCAGCCCCACGUCACUGAGGCACUGCUCUGCUACUGGGGUCCCAGGUUCAGGAUGAGCCGGAGAGCAGUAGAUCCUCUCAGACUGUCACUGCGGAGGAACGGACAGCUACACCCUCCCUCUGGUGUGAACCCUAACCCUCGUUACAUCAACCUCCACCCCCUCCGGGCUCACACCUCUAUCCCUCGACCUACCAUCCGCCCAGACACCUCUCUACCCAGAGGCAGGACCCCCACACCAGCUCACACACAGACAGGUUAUGCCAGCAGCAGUCCUGUUGUAGCGCCCUGGAGGAUGGAGAGGAUGUUACAGGCUCUAUGUGUGGACUCACAGGCCGGGUUCUACUUCACACGCUACUGUGAACGCUCUGAAACCCGGCUGUGGGAGAAUGCCGUCCACUGCUGGUGUGAUCUGCAGCAAUACCACCAGCUCUUCUACCAAGAUGGACUGGAUCCCUACAGGGUACAGAGACAGGCUCAUGAGCUGUUUGACUGGGUGGAGGAACACACUCUGACCCUCCUCCUGGAGCCCUGGACGCUGCUCACCACCAGGGACACAGACACCUUCCAGAAGGUGGCUGUACGGGAGGAGACUGCCAGGUGGAGUCAGAGCCGUACGGAGAACUGA